CUGAAUACUCUGCCUUCAGCAAAAAAAACUUUUAAGUCUUGUUAGGAGAUUACAUGGAAACAGCAAACACAGAAAAGGGUUUAUUCCUGGGAUUUGGAUUCACAUUUAUUCACAUUUAAAGACCUGCCUAUUGAAUGCUUCCUGCACCGGGGGAAAUCUGUGUUUAACCAUCAUGGCUUUUGGGAAGAGUUCCAAGGAUCCGUUCAGCACUCCCGUGGGACACUUAAUUGCUCUGCAAAGUUGCAGGUUCACCUAUUUUAGUGCAUAACUAUAGCAGAGAAAUUUCAUGCACUCAACACCUGCCUUGACUAGGAACUAAGAUAUUCACACAGCCAGUACUCUACAAAAUGAAGACUGGGGUCAGUUUAUGAAUAUAUGUGAUGUCAUCAAUACAACAGCAGAUGGGCCAAAAGAUGCAGUCAAGGCUUUUAGGAAAAGGAUAUGCAGAAACUACAACCAGAAGGAAGUGAAAUUUUCACUUUUGCUGCUGGAGAUGUGCAUGCAGAAUUGUGUCCCUACGUUCCAUUCCUUGGUGCUGAAGAAGGACUUUUCCAAGGAUGUGCUUGUCAAAAUGUUAAACCCAAAAUACAAUCUACCAGUGAGCCUGCAAAAUAAAAUCCUUUUUUUAAUUAUGACAUGGUCACAUGAUCCAAAAUGGAAAAUCAAUGCAACUGAGAUAAGAGAAGUGUAUCUAGAGCUGAUUAAAAGGGGAAUCAAAUUCCCAUCCUUGCAAGAAAAUGGAGAAAUGCUGGAAACACAAGAGUCUCCCAAGCAAUCAAUCCAAUCCCCACUCUCCCAUCAUUCAAAAGCUGAUUUACACAACCUUACUCCUGAGCAGAUAGGUAAGUUGUACAGCGAAAUGGAUAUGGUGAGAAUGAACGUGAAGGUAAUGUCAGAGAUUUUACUAGAAACUAGACUUGGAGCUGAAAAUCCUGAGGACAUGGACCUUUUAGAGGAACUGCAUAAAGCAUGUCUGGAAAUGCAAAGGAGGAUUCUCACACUUGUAGAAACAGUGCAAAAUGAAGAUGUCAUUAUUGAACUGGUGCAAGUAAAUGAUGACUUGAAUAAUGUUUUCCUAAGGCAUGAAAGGUUCUCCCGUGCCAAAGCUAAUCAGUCGGCAGAACACAGAAGACAGGCUGAAAUAAUGACGUUUGAUGACAAUGGUCCUACAGCUCCUUUGUCUGAACUGAUAGACUUGAAUGUACCAUCAGGCCCUGUGCAUCCUGUCCAUUCUAAUGGUUUCCUUCUGCCAGCUCCUACUAUGCCAAUGCACCCUUGGCCAACACACACUCCUCAUUUUCCAGAUAAAAGUGGUCUGGAGAACCGGGUUCCUUUCCUUUAUCCACAGAUGGAUUUACAAGGACUACGGGAAGCAGUAGAUACAAGAUUUGAACUAGGAGUCCAGUUGCCAGAAGUACCUCCACAGAACAUAUAUGACAAUACUCCAGCAGAACCAACUCUCCUUCCGACAGUUCCUGCCCUCAGCCCGACUGUUCUUCUAAUACCGAAUAACCCAACAUCCAAACAACUAGCAGAAAACAAAUCAGGUGCAUCAGAGAACAAUUCUUUGUUGCCAAACUACUAUGAACUGUUAGAAUUUGAUCCAUUGGCUGAAAGUAAUAGAACCGAAGUCAUAUAUGAAGAAAUUGAUACUUCAUUGUGGAGGAAAACUGCAAAUAGUGGCGCUGAGUGUUAGCAUUUAAUACCUAGCAAAUCUCAACAUAUUUAUGGAAGAUGUUUUUAGCCAAUGAUAGGAGAUGGGAUGGAAUACUCCCGAAUAUUUUUCUAUGUGAUGCUUUACUCUUUGGCCUAAUAGUGGAGAAAACCUAAGCCAUCCGAUUAGACAGAGGUUUUUCAUUAGGCUGCCAACCAACAAAAUCUAUUCAUCUAGUCCUAAAUCAGAUUUAAAUUCAUUAUGCCAAGAACGACAUACUGAAUGGCUUGACCCUGCUCUCAAAUACAGCACUAUUCUUUUUCUGUAGAUCAUCAAUUGUUUACCUUUUUUUUUUCAUUUUUCCAAUAUCACAAAUGACAUCUCAUGCAUCCACCUCAAACAUUCUGACUUCAAUAGUGAGCAUUCAGUGUCCUUGCACAAAGAAAUCUAAGGGGGAAAAGGAUUGCCAAACACCCUUUGUAUUCCAUUGAAUUAAAACAGUUAAAACUACAAAAUCAAAUUAAUGCAGGUAUACGGGUUUCAGUAUACAGUAAUAUAUGCAAAAAAACAGAGAGCAGUAACCAAUGCUCCAAAAGGAAUUACAUAGUACUUGUAAAUAAAAUAUAGUUAUACACGGGGGAAAAUACCCACCAGGCACCCCAGUCUAUGGGUUUAUGGUAUUGCACUAAAAAAGAAGAAAAUGGGGGUUCCCUAAACAAAAUAGAGAAUAAUAAAAUAAAGUUAAAAGCUCAUUUAUUUAGGACA